GCUUUCCUCGAGAGGGACGACGCUGAAUGUGGGUCACAGGGUGAAGGGGAGGAAAUCACAUGGAAAUGGUCAAAUAUUUCAUCACCGCUCGGGUAUUUGACCAUUAGAUGGAUAGCAAAAGCAAGUCAGAAUAAAGAAUGACCCAGGAAUUGAAGCUGCAUAGUCCGGCUGGGGCUGAGCCAGCGGUCUAUCAGUGGCCCAUCCCUGGAUCGGACGGAAGAGACGGAGCACACGAAAUUAUCGACACGAUAAGAUGGGUGUGCGAGGACUUUCCAGAGCUGAAGCAGUCGAUGGAUCCCAAAUUGAUUCAGGCGACCGACUCCAAGAGCUACGAAAGUUUGAAGCAUUUAUGCGACACGUACAACAACAACCUAGACAGCGCGCUUCAGCUGUGGAAAGGAACAGCCCAGACAUACCAGUUAAACAAGCGUCCCUCCACCACCUUGCUGAAACACAUUCUCCAGCAGUGCUACAACCAUGCUGUCACCGACCCUGAGAAGCUCAACCAGUAUGAACCAUUCUCACCCGAGGUCUAUGGUGAAACAUCCUUUGAACUAGUGGACCAAAUGAUUCGUUCCAUCAAUUUCACAGAAGAUGACAGCUUCAUAGACCUUGGCAGUGGUGUGGGACAGGUGGUGCUGCAGGUGGCGUCAGCUACCCCCUGCAAGAUGUGUUAUGGCAUGGAGAAGGCAGAGUGGCCAGCCUUGUAUCAAGGGGCCAUGGAUAAAGAAUUCCGGAAGUGGACGAGAUGGUAUGGGAAGAAAUACAGUGAUUAUAAGUUGGAAAAGGGAGAUUUUCUAUGUGAAGAGAUGAAAGAUAGACUAAACAAUGCAACUGUGAUAUUUGUUAACAACUUUGCCUUUGGACCUCAGGUAGAUCAUCAGCUGAAACUUAGAUUUUCCAACAUGAAAGAAGGUGCUAAAAUUGUGUCAUCCAAAGCAUUCUGUCCGCUCAACUUCAGAAUCACAGACAGAAAUCUCAGUGAUAUUGGGACAAUCAUGCAUGUAACGGAGCUGUCCCCACUAUGUGGUGCCGUAUCCUGGACCGGCAAACCAUUUACCUACUAUGUUCACACAAUAGAUAGAACGUUGUUAGAGAAAUAUUUCCUCAGGUUGAAAAAUCCAAAAAUGAAGGAAAAUGCAGAAAUCAGAAAGGAUAGACGUGGAAGACCUAUUACCUUUAAAGAUAAAGUCAAUCUAGUUGAAAAUGAGGAUCAGAAGAACAAGAAGCGCCGUCGAGAACAGCAUGAUGACCAUAACUAUCAAGCUGCUAAGAUCAUCGACUUUGACUCCGCCAGCAACACCAGCAAUGCCACCACCGACGACAGUAGCCUGUAUGGUCCUACAACACGUCGGGGCUGGGCUGAGUGGGUGGCUGCUAGACCCAAAUCCCCAACAUCCAGUAUUGAACAGGAUAAUGAUGAGCUGAACAUGGAGCUUGGAGAAGAGAUGGAAAAGGAGAAGAGGAAGAAGCAGGUGAAGCACCUGAAGAAUGGAGCUCUGCAGAAGAAGAAGAGACGAGACAGGAAAGCUCGAAGGAAAAUAGUUAGCCCCACAACUAAAGCAUCUAAACUUCGCAACAAAAAUAAAGCUUUGGCUCUGGAUGGACUCAGCCUCUUGCAUACACACACUCUACUGUCAACAUCGGGAAAAGGUACAGACGAUGUGACCUACAACGACCGCAGCAUGACAGAUCAUUCCAGUUCCGUGUUCAAGCUUACUACACAGAACCAGACCGUUUCAUCUCUAGAAACACCACCUGCUCUGCAGCAGUUACUAGAAAUCUUCCGCCAGCAGUAUAUGGCAUUCUUGGCGUAUAUGCAGAGUCCCCAAUAUAAGCAGCAUGUUCAGAUGGAGAUUGACAAAGAAAAUUUGCGGAAGCAGGAUCUGCAGAACAAGAUGUUCCAGCUUGAGAAGCAAAUUGCCAACCUGCAGAAGGACAGUGUGGGUGUGCUCAAAGCCAGGCUGAAUGAGCUCGGGAUUGAUGCAAGCAACCCUGACGACUUCCUGUCGCAGGCGAAGACAAUCGUCCAUGAGCACAAGGAGCUGGAGAAGCAGGCUAGUACAUUGUCCACACAGAUCAGAAACCUCGAGACAGAGCAACAGAAGUUGAUGAAUGCUCAGAAACUAGCAGAGAAGAAUGGUAUUGGCCAUGACAAUACGAGAAAGAAUGGCUUCCUCCAACCUGUGUACACGCAGGACUACUUGUGGAAGGAAGUGACAGCAUUCUACUCUCGCAAGAGACAGCUGGUCAGUCAAGUGAUGAAGUUAGAGGAAGAGGUGAAGAAGCUGGAGGCGAUGAAUGCCUUUGCUGACAACAAGUCCUUCCUCCCAGACACACCUGCACCAACACCUAAAGCUCUGUCCCCGAAACACUGCAGCAAGAGGAAGUCCUCUGCUUCCAGCAGCCCUGCACAAGUGACUUGCAAGACUGAGGCCAAGCCUCAUGAGCUUGUCGGUGGCGAUAUGCAUAGCAUGAUUUCAAAACUGAAGAAUGAUGUGACGUCUGCUCUCAUUGGAAAUCUUGGAAGGAAUGGGAUCGUUGGAGAUGUGAAAAGUGGUGAUGAAAGUUGUGAACGUUCAUUUAAACACCCAGAUUUGUCUAUUAAAGGUUUGCUGGAAUGUACGAAACCUAUUAAGAUGGAUGGGAAGGGUGAUGCUGGGGUAGUCAGUUCAAAUCUGGAACAUUCAUACGCCUCAUCAGAUAUGGCCAAGAGUUUGAAAAUUAGUAAGCCUACAGUGUUGAAUGGUGUCCGGGCACCCAAUGGUGUGAUAACUGUGUCAUCGGUACAUGUACCGAAUAAAUCAUUAGUAAAUUCACCUACAUCUCCUGCCACCAAUGUAAAGAACAUUCCCACUUGCAAACAAACUGAUCUCAAAACCAUGACGGAUGAAAACAAACUUCGUUUGUCUCUAGCAAAUGACUUGAUUAACUUCCGUGAAAGUUUUGACGGACGAUCAAAUGGAGCAAAUACAAACAAGCUGUCAGAAGUGACUUACUCCCCAAUAAGCCGCCCGAGCAGUCGUAGUAGCACAGAAUCCACUCCGUCUGGUAUGGAAGUGACCGCUAGUCCUGAUAUUCUGUUGCCCGGAGGGACAGCGCCAAGAGUCAUGAAGAACACAGUGGCUGCCCAACCUCUGAAAAUGGCUCCAGUUCAGCCCCCAGCCACAACUGUGCGCUCCCAUAGUGUCACGACUCAAUCGGCGUAUCAUUCCUCGGGUUCUACUGUCAGUAUCUUGUCUCCAGGGACAUACCUCUCCUCAUUGCCAAAUCAAAAACAUGUCAACAAGAUCUCAAAGGCUGUUACUGCACCUGUGAAGACAUCGAAACAAGUGACUGCGGUGUCCAGCCCACAACACCCCAUCCAACAAUUACCUCCCAAACCCAAAGAUGCUGCCAGGGUGAUCCCUCAUGUUGCACAAGCAGUGCGCCCAGCACCUGUGCCCGUACAGACUCAGAUGGUUCAAGAAAGACCAGGAAUGUUGCAGAAUGUCCAGGCUGCAACAGUUCAAGGUUCUAAGGUGCAGAAGGCUGAGAGUGGAUCUCCCACCACCAAAAACUGGCAGGCUCAGAUUAACAGUGGCUUCGAUGCACUUGUAGCAUUUGCUUCAUCAGAGUUAGAUCGCAAUCGAGAGUUAAAAAGGAAGAAUUUGAGUGAGGAUCCUACUCGAUCUGUUAGCAAGGCUUAUGGGACACCACCACUAAAUAAAUAUGCCAAAUCUACAAACUGUAUGCGAGGAAUGGAUGGGAAAGGCAUGUUUUCGGGGGUGAAAAAGCCUAUGGGUUCAUUUGGGAGUUCAGCUUUAGCUAAGUGUGCCAAACUUCAAGGUGUAUCUUCCACCACUAGUCGCUCCCCGGGGUCAUCGUCUACGGGACCCAGAACCCCACCAGGUUCACCCCCUUCUGAAAGAAAGGGGCCAUGUACACCCCCAGGCUCCCCGAAGGACCAUAGUAGGAAAAGUAGGAGUCGUAGUGAGAGUAUGGGCAGGAGUCGCUCUCGCUCACAUAGCUACUCUUCUCGGAGCCGAAGUCGGUCAAGUAGUGGCAGUCGUAGUAGGAGUUCAUCACGCAGCCGUUCGCGGCGCAGUAGUAGUCUGAGUAGUUUGUCAAGUGACAGUAGUGAUGAUGAACGCAAGAAGGCAAAGCAUGGCAGUGCAGUGCAGCUCAGCAAGACCAACUUAACUGCCAAAAACUCACCUUCAAACAAGCAGCAGACUAAUAGUUUCUAUACGAGAGACAUCAAUUGGAAUAAAUCCAGUGAUACCAACAGGCUAACCAAUAAUAAUGUUAAUGCCUUUGCAGGGAGUCCAAUACAAACUAACAGUUCCGCUACAUGUGCCAAUAUACAUGUUGUUAACAACAAUAGCUUCAGUGGAGGAGGUGUGAUGAUGAUGAAUACUCCACCACCGACUUCCAGUGUAAACAUUGGGCCUCCCUCUGGAUUAACUGGUUCACCAUUCAACAACUACUCAUUCCCUCCCCGAAAGGAUGUUGUGCCCCCAGCCCCACCCACUCUGCCAUCGGGUCCCAAACCAUCUGACCCUGUUCCUCUCCCUGGUAUGCAGCUACAACAUCUACCACAAGGAUUCCAGAGCAGCAGUUACAAUGAAAUGCCCCAAAUGCCCAAUUUGAAUCACCCCCCUCCAAACAGAUCGUCAUUUAACAAUACUGUCAACCCUGGAACACCUAUCAACCAGCCCCGACAAAAUGUCUCAGCACCAUUUCCUACAUUACCUGAUUUGAGUCGCCCCCCACCCAACGCAAUGUUCCAAAGGCCUCUUCUUUGUAAUAACAAUUCACCCAUCUCUAAUUCCAUGCCUGUGGGACCACAUCAAAAUACCAAUGCCCUUCCACGUCCACCAAUGCCUAGUUCUGGAAUGGGUGUUUCACAGAGACCAAAUUCAGUGGGUCCAGCAUAUAAUGUCAAUUCACGUCCAUGCGUACAAGGUCCUUCCAUGAAUUCCCCCUUGCGUCACCAAGGGGAGAUGCCACGCUCCCCAUACCCCGACAUGCAGCGGUCAAUGCCACCUGGGUGUGGAAACCCUCAAGAGUUUGUACCCCCACAGCUGAACUACCCACCUCCCCCAUUAUCCGCCCCUCCCCAGAGACUGAACCAAGCUCCCUCAUUACCCAACCCAAGCAACCAAGGAUCACGUAUGCCCCCGUCGAUGUCCACUCCACCCAGUGGGGCCCCCCGCAUCCCUGCCUACACAUCCAACAACAUACCUAUAGGCCCUCGUAGUGACUUCUCGGCCAGCAGGAUGUCCUUCCCUCCAUUGAAUGCACCACCGUUGAACUUUUCCAUGAACCAGGGUGGACUCCGGCCACAGUAUGGCCAACAGAUGCCACCACUGAGUAACUCUGGUUGGCAGCAGUACCCGAUGGGAGGCAGGUGAUACAGUGCCGUAUCGCCCAGACUUUGCUGAUCCACCUGCUGCUUCUCAAGUCUAGGCUGUGCUCGCGUACAUGUGCAUUUUCAUCCAACCUGCGCGUGGGUGGGCAUCAUAUUGUAAUAUAUUGAAGAGAACACUUAAUUUAUGAACUGUGUGUCACAUGACUAUAUCUGUUGUUGUUAUCAGAAGAGUUUCUGUGAAUGUGAUGUGUGUCAUUGUUUGUUGAGAACCGUAACGACAAAAAAUCCCAUUUUCCCCUCAGGUGUUACAUGGAUCUUCUUACUUCCGGAGAACAAGCAGCAGUAGCAGAAAUACUACUCAGCGAGAACACAAACAAUACAAAUGGCUCAUUGUGCCGUCAAACCUAGCACAAUUUUGUAUAAUAAAUAUUGUUAUACUUACAUCCUUUAUUCAGAACCUUGACUGAUGAAUGGCAAAUUUUGAAAAUGACUGUUAAUUCUUAUAUUUUCAAAAACCAUGUGGGCACUAAACAGUUAUUGCUGUAGUGAACUGUGAUCACAUAUAGGGCCAUUACAGGAUUUGACAAAUGUGUGAAGAUCAUUGUUACAAAUUGCUCAGAAUGAAUUCACAGCUUUAGGACAACUUAAGGCAUUGUCCCUACAGCUUCUUGUAUGAAUGGGAUUGGUUUUUAUGGAACAACAAACAACAGCAGUAACAGUUAAAUACCUGAUAAUCAAGUACCGGUAAUACUGCACAAUUCCAGGGAUCACCAAAGGCAGCAACUAUUUGGUUACUAUAUUGCAGACAUCAACCCUAGGCAGCUAGCAGGGGGAAUUGAAUUACAGACUUUGGUCAAUGUCUGUGAUGAAGCACGUUGUUACCACCACCAUUACUGUUGUCAAGUGUUCACAAAAAACUAUCAAAUUCAGGACAGGUGUUUUUCUCUCUCCAAAUGCCCUGCAUAGGAAAUUAAGACGUGACGAUUUGUCAGUCCUGUAUGAUCUGUCCUCAGAUGUCUGACCUUUCAAGAAGUGACAGUCAAAUUGUUUUUCACUGUUAAUGUAGAUCUUUCAUAAGACUACUGCACAUCACAAUACAUAUAAUUGUGUGAUACAAGGUCAAAAUAUUUAAUCGGUAAUAAAAAUUGUCAGACACUAAAGGAAAGUAAAAUAUGGCUUGCUGGCAAAAUCUCAGGUGGUUGAACAUUUUUUGAGAACACUUGUACUAUGAUGUCCCAGCUAUAUGGAUAUUUGUCCCACCAUUGCAGAAAUGCUGUUUAAAUGCAUACACAUCUUCAAUGAUCUAAAACUUGUUCAGAUGUCAGGUCUGAACCUUGUCUGACCCAAUACAGUACACUCCUGUGUGAACCUCCAAAAGGAAUUUUCUAUGGAUUCAUAUAUACUCAUCUCCAUAAGGAACAUGCAGAAUUUUUUCUUUGUGGAAUAAAGUCGGUGAUCGGUGAUGUUUAGAGGGAUCAUAUCUUUGGGUUUUGACUAAUGCUUCACUGAUUUUCUUAAUGUUCUACUGAGGUUGGGCCCUGUUUGAAAUUGUACUUGUAGUGCUAUGAUUCUCAUUGUUCCUACACCUUUAUGUAGAUUUGUGACUGCAGUAGUGCUACAAUUGCUAUGUUAAACAGGGUAUUUAAGGUUGUCUAAGGUUUUUAUUAUUUUUAUAUUUUGAUUGCUUGCGUGCGUGCGUGCGUGCGUGCGUGCGUGCGUGAAACAGAUGGACUUGGGAGUCCUAGGCUAGGCUAUGUGAUAUACUUAGCAUUUUCAUAGAGUGAAUGAUAUUGACAUAUGGGAGCCUUGUGGUAGAGAACCAUUCACAUGUUUGAGGCAUUUAAGAUGCAUAUAACACAUCCAACCAAUGCCCUGGAAGUUUCGGUGUCUUUGAAUUGGGGACUGUGGGUAUGUCUCACAGGUUUCGUCAUUUAUUCAAAUCUUUUUGAACAGAGGUAUGAACUUUGGAGUGUAGUUUUAUUGGGUCAGACAUGUUUAUUUCCACUUUAUAUCUUUACCUGUAAUUUAUAUAACAUUUUUUCACAUCACAUUGUCACCAUAAAUUGUCCUAAACAUAAAAUCUGAUUAGGCAAACAUAUUUCCAUUACAGUUUGCUUGUAUGCUGUGUAUUGUUAAGGGUAGAGUGAAUUGCUGCGUAAAGGAUCUUCCUAUUCACUGACCAAUAUGAUUGGCAGCAAUAACAAGAUGCAAGAGUAUCUUCAACCAACAUCUGUUGUGUCUAAGUGUAUUAAGAUAAUUCGUAAUACAGUAUGUACAUUAUUAAUAUUAGUUUUAUUAUUUAAAACCUUGGGUUCUAUUGUACAUGUAUUGACAAUGUUUGCUUUUGUGUAUUUAAACUCCACUGCCCUCUGAAAGGUUGACAGGGCAUGGGGUAUGAAUGUGUGAUGCUUAUUCAACCUGAUUUUUGGUUUAUUGUAUUAAAAAGUCUUAUGUAUAGUACUCAAAACAAGUUAGAGAACACACACAACUGGAAGGCUGUGUUGCAAUACGCACCAGCCUUGACAGAUUAACUAUUGUCAUAUGACAAAUCGGGUGUUCUUUAACUUCUAUUGAGUAGUAUACAUCCUAGGGACUAAAAUAUGUUAGUUUCUACCAAAAGUAACAAGGAAAUUGUUAAGUUUCCUACUUUGAAACUGAGUGAGAAAUGUUUGCUGCUUGAUAUUUAAUCAUUGCGAAUGGAAAUUGAAAAGAAAUUCAACACCAUAGAUUUUGAGGAGGAAAUAGAAAAUAUUUGCAAGUCAUGCAUGUAUGAUGGAACCUCCAGGAGAAUGUUAAUAUGUUAUGUGAAGCGUGCGAACAAUACUCGAUUGUUGUAUCUACCUCCAUGUUUUAUUCCCAAUCCUGCAUGUACCAUGUCUGUACAUAUUGAUAAUAAUUUAAUCAAUUUGUGUUAUUCCCGAAAGUAUUUGAAAGCGUGUCCACUCAAAACUACAUGUCCCAAGAAUUCAACAUAGUGGUAAACAAUGAAAUUUUGGAAAUGUACACCAAUAGAUGAAAUUUUGUGGAAACAAGAAUGGCUACAGGAGACAUCUUUUUACAAUGCUCAGAUGGUUUAUGUCAGGGACAUGAAGAUAAUGAUUGCUGGGUCUUGUCCAUCUUUUCCACAUUCCGUAUCACGAUAAGAUAUUUCAGGAUUUGAUGUUCCUACAUGAUAUUCAAAAGGUUGAUCUUUUCACUGAUUUGGGGAAAAAAAGAAAAAAAGUAUUUUGUAUCUCAUAUCUGCUUAUUUUAUUAACCUUCUGAGGUGUCAGAAUUUUCUUUAAUAGUUUUACAUGUGGAUAGAGGGCAGGUAGCUCAAAAUAUAUUGCAAAUGUUACAUGUAAGAGUGAGCUUACAUUGUGUGUCCUACUAAGUAGAAUGUAAAAGUCGAUGCCUCAUCACAUUUAUUGGGCUCGAAACAAGUAAUGGUAGCUGUGAAUAGCUGCAAUACUGCAAGUGCAGCUUUAAGCAAUAUUUGCUCAAAUAUUGUGAAGCGAAAACCUUUAGGGAAGGGGUGAAGUAACUUUGGUACUUAGAUUUGAAUUGUGCCAGUGCUAAAUAGUAUCUAUGAGUUUGUUAAGCAGAUUAACAUUUUGAGUCAUUUCAUUUUGCACACUUUUUUUUGCAAUAAGCCACGAUGACGUGAUCUGUGUGAGAUCCAGCAUAUCUCUGACUGGGGUAUACCAUCACCUACCUCAACAACAUCCUGAAGUCGAUCUGAUGGCGACUGUUUUCUAACCAAUAAGCUUACCCUGCACAAUCACCAUUUACAGUUGUUGUUACGGUUUAGUUGAAUCAUGAAUGAUCAUGAUGGCCAAUGAAUCCAAGGUCAUUGGCAUAUUCAGAUUUCAAACUUGCCACGUACCAAAUGAGUACAGCCAUCCUGAUUUGAAGUCUGAAUGUGCAUUGGUAUAGGUCAUCCUGAUGAAACUAGAAGACUGUUAUACACACCGAUCUCCAUCUAUGCAUUGUUUACAUAUCCCACAAUCCUCUGCUGCUGUGCUGCAGGGUGAAGGUCAUUUGAUACCACUAUACGUUGAUGAACCAUUCCAGGCUCAACCACUGCCAUGUGUAAACAGAGAUGGAGUCAUAGAAACUGAUAUUUGUCGAUUUUUAUUACUGUUAUUCCGUUUUCUUUUUUAUUUCUAUGGAAUAUUUUAUUAUGGAGAAUCAUCUAAUAUCUGAAGAUCAUUUGUACAUUCAGGGAAUAAGGUUAGAAAGACUUCACUACGGUAUACUAUCUUCUGAAGCCAACAUGCAUUGAAACGGAUAUGUUUUCCGGGCAUGUAUUCAGAAAAACGUAGCUCAUUGGUUGUAGUAUUAUACAGAAAUUAUUUCUGAUAAUAUUCUGAUAUGUGUGAUACUCUGGAGAUAGUUACUCAUGAGGCUGCGAUGUUGAAAUCUUAAUGAACUUUCAAGAUAAAAGUAUUGAUAAGGUAUUGGUUAUUGUUCCCAAAUGAGUACACUACCGUUAUAAGCUUAGCUUGUUGAGCUGCUCUCCCAUAUGAACAGAUAAGUCAUUCUAACCUUGUGAGUAUGAAAGGAAAGAUGAUGUUGAAUAUACGUUUUCCUUAGCAGUUCAUUUGUUGUGGAGUGGUUGAUUCAUGUGUGCAAUAUUUUAUUAUUGUCUAUAACCUAUUAUACACCCACCCCAGGAUCAUCACAAGUGACAUGUCACCACACUUUCUUCAUGUUACAGUCAGUGGGAAGUUCCCUAAAUGUCAUUUUCCAUAGGGCUGUAUGUUAAUGUUUGUGUUGAACAAUUAUUGGUAGAUUGUCUUUGUGAAACUAAUGUCGCUAAUCUUGUCUUAGAUAAACUACCUGUAUAUGUUUUGCGUUUCACGUUUCAACACUUUAGAUAUCAUAUCUUGUGAUGCCAAUGUUCUCCGUUCAUCCAACGAGCACCAUAUUAUAUUGUGACCAUGACACGGUGUAUGUAUUGUGAUUGUUCACAAUCAAGGAUAUAUUGUUCUUGUCACUGUGUUACCUUGUGUUCAAGGCCAAAUUUGAUUAAGAUGAUAGGACUGGAGUUCGAACACUCAGUGACUUCAGCCGCUCGUCUGAAGCCCAAGUUCGUAAAUUCAGUUAAUAGUCUGAAUCUUCAGAUUGAUGCUGAAGGACAAGAUUAAGUUCACAAGUAGUCAUCCAUCAUUUUCCAGUGUAUUGGAUCUCCAUUCUUUUACGAUAUUUAUCCUAAUAAAAUGGGGAUAUGGUACUGGAUAAUUGAAGAUGGGGCAUUUAGAGUCCGAUGUUUGUUGUGCACAAAUGUGAACCUUUUUCAGACACACUGAAUUAGCAUGACCCUUAUGGAAAGCUAUGAUUAGGGAACUUGCCUGUGGCUGCUGACCUUCCAUUGUCAGUUUAUCAUGUUCACUCGACUUGCAGAGAUGUUAUUUUUCUAGGAAUGCAAUUGUAUCUUUCUAACUCACGCUAACGCUUUCACAUGUGCACAGUCUUGAUUAUGUAAUGAGAUGUUUGCGUGCUUUCAUAUGAAAACUUGUCAUACUGAUGUAAUGGCUAGUCAUUAUAUGACUGGAAUGUCAUUGUCGUCAAAGGCAGCCUUCAUCCACAGUAUAGAACCAACACCAACCACCACGACAAAUCUAGAUAUUGCUUGUAAUCAAUUUGUUCUGUCUCUUCAAUUGCUUAAACCAAUUGUUAUUUUAUAUCGACACAAUGAAUUAAUUUUGUCUUCACUUUUGACCAUUUUCAAUAUGGUGUAACAGUUCUUUCUUUCUUUUCUCGACAGAGUGUUUCCAAGGUAUAUGAAUGUCAUGCCCAUACAUUUCUUCAUUUAAUGCAUUCAUUGUUCACAUCACCUAAAUUGUGCUAAAAAUGUCGCCAUUUAAGCUUGUAGGUGAUGUGCCUAAUUUAUUGGGAUACUGUACAUUUUGUGUAAACUGUUGGUUGUAUUUUGGUUGUUUAAUAUUUUUGCUAAAGUUUAUGAGUAUACAUGUAUAUAUGAGUAUAAUUCAGUAACCUACAUGGUAAGCAUCUGUAGCGUAGGUAAAUGUAUAUGUUUUAGUCAAAGUUACAUGCUUCAUCAGAAGAAAGGCUGUUAACACCGCUACUUUGUGGUAAAUUGGGAAAUGAAUUAUUUAUAUGUAAAACAUUCUACUGAAUCUCUUCUGUAACAUGCAUGUUUGUAAAUUCAAAUUUUUAUUUGAAAUUAAAUCUCGAAAAUUUAGUGUUGUACAGUAAAGCAUGAGACCAUGGAACUAGCACCCAAAGAUUUGUUAAAGUUAUGAGAUUGAUUGGAGACUAGUUUGUUGAUAUCGUAAUGUGUUGGUAUAUAAAGAUUUAGUAUUUUGGCUUUAAAAACAGAAUUACAUGUACAUAAUUAUUUGAGUUGUAGUUGCAAGUUUUGUGGAUUGUAAAGAUGGAUUGGUGUGUUAAUGCUUGUCAACUCUGAUUAAAAACAUACUGCUA